CUUUUAUCGUGCGGCGUGCGCGGACGACAUCUCCUAAUUCAUUUCUUUUUCCUCUACCUCUCCUCCUGCUCCUCCUUCUAGCAUUGAUUUUUUUCCUCCCGUAUUGCUGUGAUUCCAUUACAGGGGUGAUCUCGUGUUUAUUUUAUUCAUAUACUCCGUACUUAACUUGCUUAUGUUCGAUACAAACGAGUUAAAAGAUUCUCCUAAUAAUUUCCUUUUUAUUAGGUUUCGGUAAAUUCCGCAGAAACUGGGGUUGAGCUGCUUGUGUCGACUAGAGCUGCUAUUGCUACUGUUUUACUACUACUGCUGCUGCUGCUGCUACUGCUCUUCAGUAGAGUUUUACUAGGAUGAUCCCUUGAUUAUCUGUGUAAUCUGGCUUCAAUUUCUGUCGUUAACGUUUUCAAUAGCGUCAUUUUUAGUACUUUUUCAUUUGGGACACUUAACGAAGCUCGAGAUCGUGGUAUCUGGAGAUGCUGAUAUGUUUCUGAAUGCAAAUUUUGUCAGAGUGUUUAAUCUAGAUAUGUGGCUGGGGUUGUUUUAGAGAGAGAGAGAGAGAGAGAGAGAGAGAGAGAGAGAGAGAGAGAUGGAAGGGGGAAGGAAGGUAUCGGCAAGCCCACGGGGACCAUGGAGUGGGGUGAGGAGGAGGAGGGUGUUGGCGAAUAAAAGGCCCCGAACAGACGGAUUUGUCAACAGUGUGAAGAAGCUGCAGAGGAGAGAGAUCUCUUCAAAGAGGGACCGCUCCUUUUCAAUGACCAAUGCCCAGGAAAGGUUCCGCAACAUGCGCUUGACGGAGGAAUAUGAUACUCAUGAUCCUAAGGGCCAUUGCUCGCUGGUACUGCCUUUCUUGAUGAAGAGGACAAAAGUUAUUGAGUUAGUUGCUGCACAUGAUAUUGUCUUUGCCCUUGCACAUUCUGGUGUUUGUGCAGCUUUUAGUAGAGAGUCAAACAAGAGGAUAUGUUUUUUGAAUGUUAGCCCUGACGAAGUCAUUCGAAGCUUGUUUUACAAUAAGAAUAAUGAUUCACUCAUCACAGUUUCAGUUUAUGCCUCAGAUAAUUUCAGCUCUUUGAAAUGUAGAUCCACGAGGAUUGAGUAUAUACAAAGGGGGAAACCGGAUGCCGGGUUUCCUCUUUUUGUUUCCGAAUAUUUGAAAUGGCCUGGUUUUGUUGAAUUUGAUGAUGUUAAUGGGAAGGUUCUUACUUACUCAGCACAAGAGAGCAUAUACAAGGUGUUUGACUUAAAAAACUAUACGUUGCUGUACUCUAUAUCGGAUAAACAUGUACAAGAAAUCAAAAUCAGUCCUGGCAUUAUGUUGUUGAUUUUCAAUAGAGCUCAAAGCCAUGUUCCUUUGAUGAUACUAUCAAUAGAAGAUGGCACAGUUCUCAAAGACUUCAAUCACUUACUUCAUCGUAAUAAGAAGGUGGACUUCAUAGAACAAUUCAAUGAAAAGCUUCUUGUUAAGCAAGAGAAUGAGAAUCUCCAGAUUCUUGAUGUGCGCAAUGCUGAACUUAAAGAAGUAAGCAGAACAGAGUUCAUGACUCCAUCUGCAUUUAUCUGUCUCUAUGAGAACCAGUUGUUCCUGACAUUCAGAAAUCGAACUGUUGCUGUUUGGAACUUCCGUGGGGAGCUUGUUACUUCAUUUGAGGAUCACCUGUUGUGGCAUCCAGAUUGCAAUACUAACAACAUCUACAUAACAAGUGACCAGGAUCUUAUUAUUUCUUACUGCAAGGCUGAUUCUGAUGAUCAUUGGAAGGAAGGAAAUGGAUGGAGUAUCUCAGAUUCUCAUAUACACGGCAAAAUGUUGAAGUGCCUAACGUGUAUUCCUUUUUACAAAAGCUGGUUCCAUAAAUAUCAGCAAUAUCUUGACCGGGAAGUGCUUGGCUAAAAUAAAUUCGAGCAAUUGCAAUAUUGAAGUUGAUGGGUGCUAUCGUAGUGAUAGCACCUCAAGGAACCAAUAUCGCUCUUACUUGAUGAGAAACAGAGUCGCAGAGGCAUUGGAAGACAUAACUGCCCUUUUCUAUGAUGAAGAACGAAAUGAGAUUUACACUGGCAAUAGGCAUGGUCUGGUUCAUGUAUGGUCUAGCUGAAGUUUGUGCUACUUUUGUGCAAGACACCGCUAUGCAACUGCUGCUAGAAUCCAGAUAGUGAUGAUUCAACUUUGACAUAUUGUACUAUUAGACAACUUGUUAGUGUUCUCCCCAAUUUCCCUUAUAGAUGUAUAUUUGGGAUUACUCAAGCUGCAUGGUUGAGACUUGAGGUGCAGUGACGAUGGUAAAUGUAUCUAACCCCUGGACAUCCUGCAGGAUUUGAAUACUUUCUCAUUAUGUACAACCCCUCUGGUAUUUUUUGGUUGAUUUC